GAGAGUGCCGCGUGAAAGCGCGUGCGUGGCCGCCAUCGCCGGAGGUUUGGCACUGCAAUCUCGCAGGUGGAAGUGGACUUGACUGCUUGCUGGCGGGCUGGGCUGGCAGGGCAGGGGAGGGGCAGGGGAAGGGGAAGGGGGAGGGCUCAGGGCUUCAGGGCUCGGGUGGGUUCAGGCAGGGCGAGCGACACAGGCAGAACAGAACAGAGAAGAAAUGGGAAAGAGAGACUGACGACGACGACUAGAGAGAGCAAUUGUUGGGGAGGUGGGUGCUCGCGUUGCGGGCAGGGAGGCAGGCAGGACGGGAGGAAGGUUGAAGAGAGGCGAGGAGCGGAGACAGGAACGCAUGUGCAGUGUUGGAAAGAAACUCUCCAAAAUACUCGCAGCAGGAACGACUUUCUAGCUGGCUGGUUGGCUCUUUCGCUUCUUCUUCCUUUCCCCCGGAGCCUUGCCCUUGCCGCUAGCGAUUUCUGCUUUCUCCGGCACUUUGUCUCAAGGCCUUUUUCUGCUUGCUUCUGCCUUCCUGUCUUCCGUCGAAUCGGACUGGGGGGCGUGGAAUUCUAUCUCAUUGUCUAGCUUUUCUUCUCUCGUUUUCUUCUCCGCCCGCGCUGUCGUGGGAACCUAGGGUAGGUCGAGUGACAGGUCGCUUGUUUUUUUCCUCCGAUAGUUUUUUUUUUCUUCUCUAUUUUCUUUCCAUUUCUCUCUCUAUCUCUCUGACUUCGAUCUCUCGCUCUCUCUACCGGCUUCUCUUUUUCUGCCCGACCCGAUCCGAGGAAGUUCUGGUGCUCUUGCUCGCAAUAUAUGUUUCCUCCGGCAGAUUUGGUCCCUCGAGAAAGCUUCUUUAUCAGUCAAUCGCAGGAUUAUUCUCUGUACCUGCUACGAGGCUUCCAGAAGCAGCUCUCGUUCACAGGCGUCUUUCAUUCUUCGUCGACGUUUUGAUGCGGAGGCGAUCCUUCUCGGCACCUACUGUCUUGAGGCAGGCUACUUUCUUGAGGAAAGGGAAGUCCUGCGGGAGCAUUCUACAGUCGUAGAGAGGACCUCUGGGAAAUAUAUAUAUUGAGCGCAGAGGCCGAAAACCUGGCUGAUAUAGGAUAGCCGUUCCUUUCACCUCAGUUCUAUCCAUGUAGAUCGAGAAUAGACUGGCAAGUGUCAAUGUACGCAGCGCGGUGCACUGAGCAUUUCCACAUCACUACAUUUCUGCAACUGCUCAGAAGUGCCUGUCCGCACAUUUUGGCUGUAUUUGAACCUCAAUGCUAAAGUAACGUAUCCUUCUGUUCUACCAAUUGAGGCACCGGUACGCUUCGGGUGGUUAGAAGGAACAGCUUGAUCGAGGUUGGUCUGGUGUUUCUCUUCUGGGCGUGCCUUCCAGAAGAAGUAGUUUCAUGCUUCUACUUACUAGCGAGGUUCAUUCUGUUGAGAUCUGGCUCUAGCUUCCUCGUCCUCCCAGUCAUUUAAGCGCCGACGCCAUCAUCCACUUUCGGUUUUAUUUGUUAACAUCACAUCAUUGAAAUAGAUAGAUCGUCCGGCCAUUAGUUCUGUCUAGCCCGUGCUGUCCCAGUAUUCCUCGUGAAAUCACCUUGCGCACAUCUACAACAACCAUACUCCAGUUGGGCACUGGUGGUGACACGGAUCCUCUUAUAUGUAUCAAAACUGUCAACAUUUCGGGAAUUGUUCAGUCCCCUAGAAGCAGAUUUUCUCGUAAUAAAUCUCAGAGGGCAACCUUCAAGUGCCCGGGAGAGGGAGUCACAGAAGGAGUCCAACGAGGUACAGUGGCCAAGUCACCAUUUGGAAGACAGGCACAGUCUGCUGGCGUGAGCCGGAGUUUGGCAACCCCGCGUACUAUGGCUGCGCUCUCGGGGCUGUGUCCCCAGAGGCGCAUUACGAAGGGUGGAGAUUCUGAGCAAUUCAUACUUGUUGGAGAUUCAUAUGUAAGAGCUGACCUCAGGGACGGAGCCUGUUUGGAGCAUCUAACGUCGUUCAAGGAUACGGACACGAGGCAUAAUUGGUGGUCUUCUUCGAAAAGUUUCGCCAGAGUGGUGCUUAUCAUUGUGUUUAGUCUGAUGUUGUCCACAGUGCUUUUCAUCCAUGGAUCAGGGGUGCUCUUGCUUAGAGCUAAUCACUUGGGACGUCAGUGUCUCGAUAUGAGAGAGAGGUCGCAUACUCCAAGGAAGUACCACUUCGCUAUGGUUACGUGCUCGGAUGGUUCAAAAACUAUCCCACACAGAUCAUUUGAAGGUUUGAUGGAUCUGGUUACUCCGAACAAGCAGAGCUACGUCGAGCGACAUGGCUACGACUUCAUCGACGCCAGUGAUGUGUUGGACAGGAACCGUCCUCCAAGCUGGAGUAAGAUUCUAGCCAUGAAGAAACAUUUGCCCAACUAUGAAUGGGUCUUCUGGAACGAUGCGGACUCUGUCGUGACAAAUCCGUCCAUAACUCUUGAGGGUAUCAUCGAUUCAAUUGUUGGGGAUGUAGAUUGGGAACAUAUGCCGGAUCUGAUUGUUACGAAAGAUGUCACUGGUGUGAAUGCUGGCAUGUUCUUCAUGAGAAAUACAGAGUGGAGCAGAAAUUUUUUGGAUCUCUGGUGGAAUCAAACGUCUUUUGUGGAGCCCUUUGGACUCUGUAAGAGUGGGGACAAUAGCGCCUUAAAACAUAUUAUUGCUACCAUGCCUGAAGCAGAGAGAAGGGAACACGUACGGAUCCCCCCUAUGCAGUGCGUCUUCAAUUCGAACUUGUGGAGACCUUCUUGGAGGAACAGUCAUCGACUUGUAACAUUCACCAGGAUGAUUUGGCAAGGUGUAUACGCCAAAGGUGAUUUCAUGGUACAUCUUGCAGGUCUCAACGACAAGAAGAGAUGGGUACAAAAAGUUCUCCAGGACAUCAAAGAAGACAGAGCUAUUCCAAGAGAUAAAUAUCAAUCCAACAGAAAGGCUUUAUUUGCACACAGACACUGAUUGGCAGCGGAGAGAUAGAACCUGUUAUGCUUGGUGAAGGAAGGCUAUGCCCAGAUGAGGCUGUACACACACAUACACAUUCUUUAAUUCUUAGUCCCAAAAUUCUUGGAGAUAUGGUGUCCUGUUCUCUCUUGUGUUGAAGGGGUAGGUUUCUUCCGUGUUGCAAGAAGAUGACGUCAACUUAUAUUUAUCUACAACUUGGGACGCAUUCAGCUCCAUAUCAAAUUCCUUUCAAUUCAAGGAUCAACAACAACACUAGUAGAAUCAUGAAGCAUGUCAGCACGGGUCACUUAAAAUCUGGUGAACACUGCAAGCGUAGUGACUGUGCUUCGAGCAAUCACAGUUAAAAUUAAUACGUAUUCUUUACCUUGACAUCUAUGCUUCAGGUCAAGCCAAUUAGCCAUCAUUUGACCACUUGUAAAACUAGAUUUUUUGGGGAGUAACGCUCCUCUCGGUCGAAUACGGCAGGCCUGCGUUUCUCAAUACCACCUGUUAUAUACUGGCCUUUGGUUUGACAAAGAAGUUUUUAGUUUGCUUACUCUUGAGCUUCUCACGGGUGCAGCUUAAUGUGAGUGUGGUUUUGGCAUGGAUAUUUGCCAUGUCAUUGGAGAAUAAACUGAUAAGAAAUGCUACACGUCGCCUCCG